GCAAAUUCACAGUCAAAAGUGCAGAUUUCCUUGCCUACAAACAUAUUAAUGGAACAUAUAUAAUGGAAAGAAAUAACUCUGUCUCUCCUGCAGAAUGGAAACAUCUUUGGAAACUUAAGUUACCUCUCAAGGUCAAGGUUUUCUUAUGGAGGGCUAUACUUAACAGAUUACCCACUUUAGAUAAUUUAUUAGCCAAGAGGGUUGUGAACAAUGUUCUUUGCCAAAUCUGCCAACAAGCUGAUGAAUCCUCGAUACAUAUUUUAUUUUAUUGCCCUUAUGUAGAACCAAUAUGGUUUGGUUCAGCCUUGGGUCUUAUUCCAAGGAAACUAAGGUUGCGAAACUUUGUGGAAUGGUGGAGAUAUUUGAAUACCGCUGCAAAACAGACGAGUACUCCUUUUCUCAUUGAGCAGUGGGCAAUUAUCAGUUGGAAUGUGUGGAAGGCAAGGAAUAGAAAAUAUUUUGAGCAAUCUGAAUUCAAUCCUAAUCAAAUUCUCAUUCGGUACAAUGGAAUGUUUCAGGAAUACUGUUUGUGGACUAGCAAAGACUUGCUCAACCCUCCGAAGAAGACAAUGGUGAGAAAACAAAUUCAUUCAUGCUGGACUCGUCCUCCACCAAACUUCAUGAAGAUUAAUGUCGCUGCCUCCUAUGCAUCUAAAUCUGGUUUGGCUGCAUUAGCUAUGGUAGGUAGAAACUCUAAUGGAGAGCUUCUAGUAGGAAGGACAUGGCGCUGUUCUGCUUCCUCUCCUCUUAUGGCUGAAGCCACUGUUCUUCUAAGGGCGAUACAAUCUGCCGUGGACAUGGGUUUGAAUUAUGUGAUCUUCGAAUCCGACAAUGAGGCUUUAAUCUCAUGUGCACAAGGAGCUUCCAAGCCUUCCCCAUGGGAAAUCAGUUCGAUCAUACACAACAUCAGAGGCUUAUCUUCCUCCAAGCCAUCUUACUCCUUUUCUUUUGUUCCCCGUGAAGGAAAUCGAGUUGCAGAUUGGGUAGCCUGUGCUACAAUCAGAGAACAAUGCCCAUAUUAUUGGGCUCAUUGUCCUCCUAAUAUUUUGAUGACAUUACUACUUAAAGAUUCUGUAACUUAAACUUAUGCUAGUUAUCCUGUUAUUAAUACAUAAGUUUUCCUUCC